AUGAACAAUUAUAGAUUAUCCCAGCAUAUUGCCAUAGAGCAAACACAUUAACAUAAAUCAUAUGAAAUAUAAUAAUUACCAUCUGAUAUAUGCUCCAAAAGUUUUCCUACCAGGACGCUGCUUUAUUGACAGGCAUUACAAUUCUAACCUAAUUUUUAUUUUAUUGCAUAAAAGGUUGCAGUACAUGGGACAUGAAAUCCUAUAAAAUGGCAAAUAAUUGUCGGAUAGUAAUAUGCUAAGAAGAUAUUGGCAAGGGUGUUCCACAAGUACGAACGACGUGUAGGGUGAUAUACGUACACGAAAACCACCCACGGUGUCUAUGUGCUUUACAAGCAUGCUCCAUGGGAGAUGUCCUGCGCCACGCUAGUUUUCGCACCCGUAAAAGAACCAACGCGCAACGUCCCCUUCGUUCAUUCACAAACCACCUGCUCGGCGAGGAACUAUCCAGUUCCUGGAUUCACCUGCUUGUCAGUCACCAACUAACCACAUAAGGAGGAUGUGGAAUGGCAGGGUUUUCGGUUUGUCGGCCGGCAUUACCGUCUGCUUCGUUAUGUUCCUGCUUGGUGUUACCGGUACUUACGCUAAACGUGGCUGCUCAGCUUUUGGACACUCCUGUUUCGGUGGACACGGCAAGAGGUUCGAUUCACAUUUGCGAGAUAUUACGUUUCAACGAAAUGAGGUGCCAACAAGUGACAACAUCCAGGGAACACAAGACGUUCCUUUGUACAAUCAGUUUGAAGUGCCGAAACAAAAAUUCCUAGGACAACGAGAAAUAUUUCUUGAAGCGCGCCGUCAGCCGCCAGUGAGGCUUGAUAAUUACAUCUUGUCCUCCAUCUUUCGACAAUGGCUGACGUCACAGCAUCGUCAUCAACCGGAAAUGGACAUCAACGACAAAUAAACGGAAGUUUCUAUUGUACUUGAGUUCGGCGUUGAUCAGAAAAACAAAAGCAAAAGGGAAAUGUAUAUCAAACAAAUUUUCGACAAACUACUUCGGUCAUUUAUCAAUUAUAAUCUUAUUGAUGUUAUAUUUCUUGUUUGACUUUGUAGCGAAAUAUAUAAUUUGAAGUGUAAUAUUUAAGAGAUAAUAUUAGUUAUGUAAAUAACAUUUUGUUCGUGUUGAAAUAAUAAACGAAAAUGUUAUUAUACUUUAUUAUCGUUGCAUGCAC